AUGGCUCGCUUCCUCUCCCUGCUUGGCACCCUCUUUGCGGUGUGCACCACGUUUGCACUGGCUCAAGCUUCCAAUGACGAUCCUCGCGGAAAGAUCCUGUACGUCAACUAUCCCAGCUGUGACUACUAUCAAUGCCAGGUGACGUGGCACCCAGGCCAGGCCACCUACGUUAACUGGAUCAAUGCGCCCAAAGGGGGUCUGCGCAUUCAGCUCGAACCACAAGAAGGCACUACUGGGCUGCGAACAUACACGCUCACAGACAAAGUGGGCAGCGUUCAUGGUUGGAGCCAGCACAAGUGUAACGACAUGGGCACCGGCGAAAAAUGUGGAAGAUUCGACUUUGUCUUGCCGAGCUCCGUCACGCCCGGUCGGUACCAGAUUGUCGUGACCAGCUUGGCUCAUCCGGACAAGUACAUCGGUUACACCGACACGGUCAAGGUCGUCAACGCCAAGUCGAAAGCAAAGGGCAAGCGACACGUUAUGCAGAGGCUGCAACAGAGCGACUAG